UGGGCUUCCUCACGGCACUUCCCCUGGGAUCACCACCCUGCUGCUAUCUUGGGUGCUAAAGGGUGCUGGCCGGGAGAGACAGAACUUGCUUCCUUAAAUUGCAUCUUCAUCUUGUGUCGCAUCCUGUUCCUCCCUUUGGAUGAAAGGCAGGCAAAGCAACUCCAACCUCGCAGUUCACUUUGCCCUUUGCAAAGGCUCUUCUCCCCAUCUAUAACCCGCCUCAGUUUCUUUCGCUUGGGAGACAAUGAAGCUUUUCAAACUGAGCCUGAGUUGGACUUUCUUCCUUCCUUGGCUUCAGGUGCCGGGUGGCGAUGGCUUCCUCAUCAGGAACACCCGUUUGCAAAAAUGCAUCCACGCCUCGUCCCACGAAGUCGGAAGGGUUGGCCUGGCCGACUGCAAGCCCCAGUCUGUGCAAUACCACUGGACCUGGGAUGCCGCCACCCGGGCCAUCGUCCACUGGAAGACCGGGCUGUGCCUGACUGUCCCCAAAGCGCAGGAAUUUGCACCUGCUCAGCUGGAGUCCUGCGGAGGAGACAGGGCGCGCCAAGCCUGGGUGUGCAGCAGGAAAGGCCACCUCACUCUGCAAGGCCUGGGGCUCCACCUCAGCACCAAGCAGGAGGGACACAAGGCCUUCCUCGCCCGAGAGAAGGACAAGUUCAGCAGGUGGAAGAAAGCAACUGAGGAGAUCGUCUGUGCUGCAGACCUGGCAGUGGCCCCUGUGCUCAGCGUCCCAGUGGAGGAAUUUGUAGACCCCCUGGUGUGGGUUCCCGAAGAUAAAACUAUUGCGUUGUCAGAGAUCGGCACCUCCUUUAUAGACACCAGACCCACAUCUCCAGCCAUCGAUGAUGAAUCUAAUAUCACCAGCAAUCUUCCAAAGAACGAAGAUGUCAUCCUGGAAGCAGAUGACGAAAGGCACAUGCCUCAUAAGAAACAUCAGAGGAAGGGUGCAGCUUCCCGAUCUACAGGGACCAACUGGAAGACGGUCAUACUUGCCCUGAGCCCGCUGGCCUUUAUCCUGGGAGUGACAAUCCUCAUUCUCAAUAUCCGGUACAACAGGAAGAAGCGGAAGCAGAAGCUGUCUCCUUGGAAGAGCUGCCGCGUGGUUCAUGAGGAGCGGCCACCCUUACCUAGGGCACCCAGCCCCAAGGGGCAGAUCAUCCCAGCAUCCCCCACUCCUUCACUGAAGCAUGGCGAAAUCUUGAUCGAGUGGAAGGACGGGACCGUCACGCCGCUCUUCGACAACAUGAACUAUCAAAUAUGCUGAACCUGAUGGGCGCCGACUCUGUUGUUUUCAAAGCAAGCGUUUCUGGCAGGGCUCGUUUGACCGAGAUCCAUGCAGCCUGCUGUAUUUCAUUAGACUAACAGUCCUGAUAAGAAAGCAGGUCACCUGGAGAUAAUUUUCUUAAUAAUCACAUUUGCACUGCACAGCUACGCAGCAAGGCAUAGAGCUUCUUUGCUUUGUCUCAAAAUGUACAACCGGGGUUGCCUGCAUUAAGAAACGGCCGAGGGGCUAGGCUAGGUUGUGGUUGCUGCUCUGAGAUGGUACGGUCCUCGCACAGGGGAUGUAUUUGCAUGAAAUCUAAUUCUGGAUCAGGCAGGUUAGUUAUCAAGCAUAUCUGCCACCCCCAUGUGGGUGGCAGGUAUGUCAAGAUGGCACCUUCCCAUCUCACGCCACUGUGGUACAGUCCUCCCAUUAGAACCAGUCAACCUCAGAACUGCAAGUAUGAAAUCAGCCUCUGAAAGGACAACCUUGGGAGAUUGUUUGCAUCACAGUUCAGGUCCUUGUGCGUCUUAGUGUCCGACUGCAAAGGGCUUUUCCCAGUCCACUCUGGGUGUGGCUAGCCUGAGACAACACCGGAGAAAAGGGUUGGGAUAUGUGUGCCCAUGUCGGACCUAAAAGAGGAGGACAGCAGCAACAAACAAGAACCAGCUUUUUGUGCAAGGUCACCUUGGGGUAAUCUUUACUCACCCAGGGCAAGCGGCUUGUUUGCAAGCAGCGAAGGAGCAUUAGAAUGCAGCUAUAUAUAGAACUUUGCAUUCAGCUAACACGGCCCUUUCUGGGAGGCUAACAAAUACGGGUCUCCUUGGCUAUGGCUUAGCUUCCAAUAAGGACAUACCAGGCAUUACAGAAUGAUGCAAGGAUGUUAGUUCCUUGCCUGGAAGUUUUUCACUCUCCAGGUCUUCUGUAACCCAGUGCUUUCCUGAUGCUUAGGGCCACACCUCCCAUUAUCACUCACUAUUGGCCACGGCUGCUGGGAGAUAGCGCCCAAAACUUAUGGGAGGGCACCAGGUUGGAGAAGGCUGCUCAAGAAAAAAGAGGUUUGAGGGGAAAGCUGAGUGAUGAGCGGCCCCUCGGGCAACAGAGGAUGCACAAGGGAGAGU